AUACCUUUGAAGGAAGAACCAUUAACCAUGUGUGUUGGACUUGGACUUCAUUAAUGCACAUACGAAGUUCUACAGCUGGGAAAUCAAGGGAAAAAUGCAGAGACAAGGAAAGGGAAACAGAGGGAGAAUGAGGAAAAAGUUGAUGUGAGCUUUUGCUUUGGAUUCUUGUUCUUCAUUCAAGAGAAAAUCAAGGGGCCUCUUCUUCGAUGAAGUGUGAUGAUCACAGUGAUGUUGCUCUUUGGUGGGCUCGGUCAAGGCAUUUUUUCAACAAAAAGAGUAACGGAAAAUUAUGGCCUUGAAGAACUGGAUAAAUAAGUGGGGAUUUGAGUUCCGAGGGAAGUUGCGGAAAAUGAUGAAGUGUGUCUGGUCAGGGCAACAAUUGGGAGUUGCUGAAAGUGUUCGGUCAUCUGAGUCCCUGGCAACUCGAGACUAUUCAGCAAGUGGGUAUUCCUCUACUAGAGCUGGGGAGAUUGUGGAAACAAAAGCAGAUACUAGCAACAUUGAAGAAGCUGAGUCAUCUCUUCGCGAAAGUGGCUACCUGAACUACGAGGAAGCAAGAGCAUUGUUAGGAAGACUUGAGUUUCAAAAAGGAAAUGUAGAAGCUGCACUUCAUGUGUUUGAAGGAAUUGAUGUUGCUGCUGUGACUUCCAAGAUGAAAGUCUCCCUUUCCAGAAGAUGUGAACAAAAUCAUCGACGCUCACAAAGUGAUGUUGUUCCUCCCAUGUCUAUGCACGCUGUUAGUUUACUCCUUGAAGCUAUUUUGUUGAAGUCAAAGUCAUUGCAGAAGCUUGGAAGGUUUGGAGAAGCUGCUCAAUCAUGUAAAGUUAUCUUGGACACCAUUGAAUCUGCAUUGCCUGAAGGGCUGCCUGAAGACUUCUCUACAGAUUGCAAAUUACAAGAAAUUCUGAACAAAGCUGUUGAAUUGCUUCCAGAGUUGUGGAAACUUUCCGGGGAUCCCCAAGAAGCUAUCAUGUCAUACCGGCGGGCUCUCCUCUAUCACUGGAAUCUUGAUAUGGAAACCAAAGCAAAGAUUGAAAAGAAGUUUGCAAUUUUACUUCUCUACAGUGGUACUGAUGCGAGUCCUCUGAACCUCCGUUCACAGAUGGAAGGCUCUUUUGUGCCAAGAAACAACAUAGAAGAGGCUAUUCUUCUAUUACUAAUUCUACUAAAAAAAUUUAUUCAUAAAAGGAUUGGAUGGGAUCCAUCAAUCCUGGAUCACCUCUCUUUUGCUCUAUGUGUUUCUGGGGAACUGAAAGCCCUGGCACAUCAGGUUGAAGAGUUGGUUCCUGGGAUCAUCGAAAGACAAGAAAGAUUUUGCAGCCUAGCUCUUUGUUACUAUGGGGCAGGUGAGGACAUGGUUGGUUUGAAUCUUCUGCGAAAUUUGUUGAAUGACAGAGAAAUUCCAGACUGCAUUUUAGAAUUGUUGCUGGCUUCAAAAAUUUGUGGGGAGAAUAUGAAUUCUAUUCAAGAAGGCAUGAAUUGGGCACACAGAGCACUUUCUGAAUUUCAUGGUAGAUGUGGACACAUGGUAAGUAAAGCAUACUGCUUACGGGGUGUUUUGUUAUCCGCUCAAUCUAGAUUGGUUUCAUCUGAUUAUGAGAGGGAUUUGAAGCAGUCUGAAGCUGUAGAAGCACUCAAAACUGCAGAGAAAAUGAUGACAGAAAGAGAUCCUUAUAUUGUAUAUAAUCUUUGUCUAGAGCAUGCCGAGCAGAGGAAGUUGGAUCUUGCACUUUAUUAUGCAAAGCAGCUAUUGAAACUUGAAGCUGGAUCUAGUGUUAAAGGCUACCUUCUUUUGGCUCGGGUCCUGUCAGCACAAAAACGGUUCAUUGAUGCAGUGGCAGUAAUUAAUGCUGCUCUAGACCAAACUGGGAAGUGGGACCAAGCAGAACUGCUGCGAACCAAAGCUAAACUUCAGAUAGCACAGGGCCAGUUAAAGAAUGCAAUUGAGACAUACACUAAUCUUCUCGCUGUUCUCCAAGUUCAGAAUAAAAGCUUGAGUGCUGUGAAGAAACUUCUAAAGACUAAGGGGAACCAGAAUAGAAGCUUGGAAAUGGAAACAUGGCAUGAUCUAGCCAACAUAUAUACAAGCUUGUCUCAAUGGCGGGAUGCCGAGGUCUGCCUUUCAAAGUCCAAGGCUAUCAGCCCUCAUUCUGCUUCUAGAUGGCACUCUGCAGGUUUACUUCUUGAAGCCAAGGGGCUCCACCAAGAGGCCCUGAAAUCAUACAGGAAUGCAUUAGAUGUUGAGUCGACGCAUGUCCCAAGCUUGAUCUCUACUGCUUGUGUCCUUCGACAGCUUGGUGGCCAGUCACUGCCAAUAGCGAGAAGCUUUAUUACAGACGCACUUCGGGUUGACAGAACAAACCCCUUAGCCUGGUACAAUCUUGGGCUUCUUUACAAAUCUGAUAUUGGUGCAUCUGCAGUAGAAGCUGCUGAAUGCUUUCAGGCUGCUGCUCUUCUUGAAGAAACUGCUCCAAUUGAACCCUUCAGAUGAACACACUCUUUUCCAUUGUCACCUACGUAAGAACUGCUGAUUGUAAAUUGUUUGUUGGUUGGGUCAUUUAUUUGAAAAUUGAAGUAAAGAAGAACAAGGAAAAAGAGAUUAAUCUGCAAAUUUGCCAUGCUCCCAAUCCAAUUAUAUU